GAACUCGACAAUUGAACUUUCCCACCUACCUCUACACAAAGAUGCUAAUACGGCCAAAUCCGGCCCAGCAGCCUCUCCCGCCAUGAGGUAUCCUCAACCAAGAGCCACGUACUGGUUAAGCUGCAAUCGAUUGCCUCUGCGCGUACUUUUAUAGCCUCACAAACUCUGGAAUGAUGGUCGAUUCCGAAUCACGCCCUCUACUAGUCGGGCGAGGGCUGGGUGACACUGGAGCGGAAAUCCUGGGUCCGAAGAUUGAGACGACUGCACCUCGACCGGGUGACUUUGAUGACGAUUCAGAUUGGGAGUAUGAAUACUCUGCCACCGAAACAGAGACAUACUACCUGACUGUCGAUCUAUCCACUCCAGACUUCACUGCGCGCAACGAUGACCAAAUCGUCCACAAUACCAGGGGCGGAUACCGGACCUGGUUCAAUCCAUUGUCGGAGAAGCCCGACAUCAGUGCCAUGUUUGGCGAGGGUGGUGAUAACGAAGGGCAGGUCGCAAAGAACACUGUCGAAGCUGCUAGCAAUCCAAGGACCAGCAGUAGUCAAGGUCGGGGUAACGACGAGGACGAAGAUGAUAACAGUGAGGAUGAUGAUGACGACGACGAGGACGACGCAGACGAAGGGCGCAGGGACAAUGCAGAUCCUCAGCAGCUCGGCGCAACAGGUGCGAGCAGCGAUGUAGGAUCCGGGAAAGGCGGAAGUGUAGGGAUAUCACGCCCUGUCAAACGGAAAAGGAAGAGCAAGAAAGAGGACAAGCCUCUCCAGAUACAAAUUAUGGACCUGCACUCAGAGCAACCCAUCAUCUCGCACAAGGGCAUGGUGUUCAAGGGCUGUUGGUCGAGAAACAUUGGAACAGAGCUCGUCUUCACAACACCACUGGAGGAUGACGGCAAUACCACCGUAGAAUCAGACCACCCCCGCAUCGUCGACCAUGACCAAGCAAACCUGGCACCCGAGUUCCGCGAGAAACGGACGGGCUCCGAUACCGCCUCGCUGCCGGGCCACCAGUCCUCAGACAAAACCCUUCCUUACCUCGCAGCAGUCCCAGGGGCCACCCUCCUGGCAGCGUCCUCAGCGCGCCUGCAGUGCCAGCCCAUCUCGAUCCAGAACCGAUCCCUCCCGGAGCAGCGCACCGAAGCGCACCGGCUCGCGCGCUCUGCCAACAACUUUGUCAUCCACAUCACCGACGACCUGACGGGGUCCCGCAAGCCGCAGGGCCGGUUCCUGGAGCAGCUCAUGGCCAUCAAGCGGAAGCGCGGCGAGACUGACGAGGUCACGGUUGUCACUACCGAAAACCCCGACGACGCGGUCGACGACGACUCGGAGGAGGACUUUGAGCGCGAGAAGAAGGAGCGCAAGAAGCUGGACGGGCAAGCUAGGCUGAUGAGGAAGAAGAUGGAUCCGCAGACAAAAGGUCCCGGUCGCGGCGUUGGAUACAAGCCUAGGAUCAGGAGGAACAAGGCGGGCGCGAGGAGGCGGAAGGAGGAGGCGGCUGCUCUCUCUUCUGGUGGGCCAUCUACUCCGACGCCUGUCUCUUGGCCUCAGGGGUAUGAGCAGCUGAGCGUGACGGCUGAACCAGGACCAUCGCAAACACUUCCUGGUUGAAGGAUGCAUCGUACUAGAUUGACGCCUGCAAGGAUCGGACAGUUGAUUGUCACCUAUGAGAUCCAAACUAUUUCUCACAGCAGCAUGAACAUAUGCAACACGUUUACUAUAUUCAACGAUACCCACAUCGCAUGAAAUCCGGAGUUAUGUAAGGUUUUGGUAGAAAACACAAAUAGCCAU